ACCCCGCCCGGACCCCCGGCUCGGGCCGCGCCUGGGUCUCUCCCGGGUCACCGGCGGGGAAUCCGUCCCCGCGCGCUUCCUCCUUCCUCCUCCUCCCGGCUGCCUGCCGGGCCCCUCCUCCCAGCUCGCGCGCUCCCUCCCUCCUCUUCCCCUCCCCGGGCCGCCGCCGCCGCCUCCUCCUCCUCCUCCCUUUCUCUCUCGAUCUGUCUCUCCCGGCCCGGAAUCCAUUCCGGCCUGGGAGCCGGAGCGGCCAGGCCGCCGUCUGCCCGACCCGCUGGCCGUCCCGCGGUCCGCCCUCCAGUGCGUCCGUCUGCCGGUGCGCCCGCCCGCCCGCCGGCCCAGCCCCUGUGUCCUUCAGGUGGACUUAGGAGUGGACAGAGCCAGUGUGUGCCCCUGGGCAAGGCCUCCUGAACUUCAUGGACUCUGUACAAUUUGGGGCAGUGGUUGCUGGGUCACCUGGGAACAGAGAACAGAGGCUCAGAGAAGUGAAGCAACUUGCCCAGCUAUGAGAGACAGAGCCAGGAUUUGAAACCAGAUGAGGACGCUGAGGCCCAGAGAGGGGAAGCCACUUGCCUAGGGACACACAGCGGGGAGAGGUGGAGCAGGGCCUCUAUUUCGAGACCCCUGACUCCACACCUGGUGUUCGUGCCAAGACCCCAGGCUGCCUCCCAGGUCCUCUGGGACAGCCCCUGCCUUCUACCAGCCAGGACCAUGGGCAGCAACAAGAGCAAGCCCAAGGAUGCCAGCCAGCGGCGCCGCAGCCUGGAGCCCGCCGAGAACGUGCACGGCGCUGGCGGGGGCGCUUUCCCCGCCUCGCAGACCCCCAGCAAGCCAGCCUCGGCCGACGGCCACCGCGGCCCAAGCGCGGCCUUCGCCCCCGCGGCCGCCGAGCCCAAGCUGUUCGGAGGCUUCAACUCCUCGGACACCGUCACCUCCCCGCAGAGGGCGGGCCCGCUGGCCGGGGGAGUGACCACCUUUGUGGCCCUCUAUGACUAUGAGUCUAGGACGGAGACAGACCUGUCCUUCAAGAAAGGCGAGCGGCUCCAGAUUGUCAACAACACGAGGAAGGUGGAUGUCAGCCAGACCUGGUUCACAUUCAGAUGGCUGCAAAGAGAGGGAGACUGGUGGCUGGCCCACUCGCUCAGCACAGGACAGACAGGCUACAUCCCCAGCAACUACGUGGCGCCCUCCGACUCCAUCCAGGCCGAGGAGUGGUAUUUUGGCAAGAUCACCAGACGGGAGUCAGAGCGGUUACUGCUCAACGCGGAGAACCCGAGAGGGACCUUCCUUGUGCGAGAAAGUGAGACCACGAAAGGUGCCUACUGCCUCUCAGUGUCUGACUUCGACAACGCCAAGGGCCUCAACGUGAAGCACUACAAGAUCCGCAAGCUGGACAGCGGCGGCUUCUACAUCACCUCCCGCACCCAGUUCAACAGCCUGCAGCAGCUGGUGGCCUACUACUCCAAACACGCCGACGGCCUGUGCCACCGCCUCACCACCGUGUGCCCCACGUCCAAGCCACAGACUCAGGGCCUGGCCAAGGAUGCCUGGGAGAUCCCUCGGGAGUCGCUGCGGCUGGAGGUCAAGCUGGGCCAGGGCUGCUUUGGCGAGGUGUGGAUGGGGACCUGGAACGGUACCACCAGGGUGGCCAUCAAAACCCUGAAGCCCGGCACGAUGUCUCCAGAGGCCUUCCUACAGGAGGCCCAGGUCAUGAAGAAGCUGAGGCAUGAGAAGCUGGUGCAGUUGUAUGCUGUGGUUUCAGAGGAGCCUAUUUACAUCGUCACGGAGUACAUGAGCAAGGGGAGUUUGCUGGACUUUCUCAAGGGGGAGACAGGCAAGUACCUGCGGCUGCCUCAGCUGGUGGACAUGGCUGCUCAGAUCGCCUCAGGCAUGGCAUACGUGGAGCGGAUGAACUACGUCCACCGGGACCUUCGUGCAGCCAACAUCCUGGUGGGAGAGAACCUGGUGUGCAAAGUGGCCGACUUCGGGCUGGCUCGGCUCAUCGAAGACAAUGAGUACACGGCGCGGCAAGGUGCCAAAUUCCCCAUCAAGUGGACGGCUCCGGAAGCUGCCCUCUAUGGCCGCUUCACCAUCAAGUCGGACGUAUGGUCCUUCGGGAUCCUGCUGACUGAGCUCACCACAAAGGGACGGGUGCCCUACCCUGGGAUGGUGAACCGCGAGGUGCUGGACCAGGUGGAGCGGGGCUACCGGAUGCCCUGCCCGCCGGAGUGUCCCGAGUCCCUGCACGACCUCAUGUGCCAGUGCUGGCGGAAGGAGCCUGAGGAGCGGCCCACCUUCGAGUACCUGCAGGCCUUCCUGGAGGACUACUUCACGUCCACCGAGCCCCAGUACCAGCCCGGGGAGAACCUCUAGGCGCAGGCGGGCCCAGACCGGCUUCUCGGCUUGGAUCCUGGGCUGGGUGGCCCCUGUCUCGGGGCUUGCCCCUCUCUGCCUGCCUGCUGUUGGUCCUCUCUCUGUGGGGCUGAAUUGCCAGGGGCGAGGCCCUUCCUCUUUGGUGGCGUGGAAGGGGCUUCUGGACCUAGGGUGGCCUGAGAGGGCGGUGGGUGUGCGAGAUCAGCACAGUGACUCUGUCCAGCUCCCGCUGUAGCCGCACGCCUCUCCCCGCACUCCCUCCUGGAGCUCUGUGGGUCUCUGGAAGAGGAACCAGGAGAAGGGCCGGGGCCGGGGCUGAGGGUGCCCUUUUCCAGCCUCAGCCUGCUCAACUCACUGAACUCCUUUCCCACUUCUGUGCCACCCCCGGUCUAUGUCGAGAGCUGGCCAAAGAGCCUUUCCAAAGAGGAGCGAUGGGUCCCUGGCCCCGCCUGCCUGCCAACCUGCCCCUUGCCAUCCAUUCUGGAAACACCUGUAGGCGGAGGCUGCUGAGACAGACCCUCUGCCGCUGCUCCCAGGCUGGGCAGCACGAGGCCUUGCCUGGCCUGAUGAUGGUGGGUGGGUGGGAUGAGUACCCCCUCAAACCCUGCCCUCUUUAGACCUGAGGGACCCUUCGAGAUCAUCACUUCCUUGCCCCCAUUUCACCCAUGGGGAGACAUCCGAGAGGGGAUGUGACAUGCCCAAGGCCACGGAGCAGUUCAGAGUGGAGGCGGGCUUGGAACCUGGUGCUCCCUCUGUCAUCCUCAGGAACCAACAGUUCAUCGGAGGCAUCAUGGAAAGACUGGGACAGCCCAGGAGACGAGGGGUCUGAGGAUGCAUUCGAGAUGGCAGAUUCCCACUGCCGCUGCCAGCUAAGCCCAGCUGUUGGGAACAGCAUGGAGGCAGAUGUGGGGCUGAGCUGGGAAUCAGGGUAAAAGGUGCAGGUGUGGAGAGAGAGGCUUCAAUCAGCUUGUGGGUGAUUUUUGACCUUCGGAGCCAGCCGGCCAUGAAAGGGAGUGAGCCCCUCGGCUCUGGAGGCAAUCAAGCAGACAUAGAAGAGCCAAGAGUCCAGGAGGCCCUGGUCCUGGCCUCCUUCCCGUACUUUGUCCUGUGGCAUUUCAAUUACUGGCCCUGUUCUCCUCUGCAAGUCGGCACCCUUUAACUCAUGAGGAGGGAAAAGAGUGCCUAAGUGGGGGUGAAAGAGGACGUGUUACCCACUGCCACGCACCAGGACUGGCUGUGUAACCUUGGGUGGCCCCUGCUGUCUCUCUGGGCUGCCGAGUCUGCCCCACAUGUGGCCAUGGCCUCUGCAACUGCUCAGCUCCGGUCCAGGCCCUGUGGCAGGACAUACAUGGUGAGCCCAGCCCUGGGACAUCAGGAGACUGGGCUCUGGCUCUGUUCAGCUUUCGAGUGUGUGGUGGAUUCUCGCUGGGCCUCAGUGUGCCCAUCUGUAAAGGGGCAGCUGACAGUUUGUGGCAUCUUGCCAAGGGUCCCUGUGUGUGUGUAUGUGUGUGCAUGUGUGCGUGUCUCCAUGUGCGUCCAUAUUUAACAUGUAAAAAUGUCCCCCCGCUCCGUCUCCCAAACACGUUGUACAUUUCACCAUGGCCCCCUCAUCAUAGCAAUAACAUUCCCACUACCAGGGGUUCUUGAGCCAGCCAGGCCCUGCCAGUGGGGAAGGAGGCCAAGCAGUGCCUGCCUAUGAGAUUUCAACUUUUCCUUUCAUACGUGUUUAUUACCCAAGUCUUCUCCCGUCCAUUCCAGUCAAAUCUGGGCUCACUCACCCCAGCGAGCUCUCAAAUCCCUCUCCAACUGCCUAAGGCCCUUUGUGUAAGGUGUCUUAAUACUGUCCUUUUUUUUUUUUUUUUUUAACAGUGUUUUGUAGAUUUCAGAUGACUAUGCAGAGGCCUGGGGGACCCCUGGCUCUGGGCCGGGCCUGGGGGUCCGAAAUUCCAAGGCCCAGACUUGGGGGUGGGUGGGGGUAUCCAGAAUUGGUUGUAAAUACUUUGCAUAUUGUCUGAUUAAACACAAACAGACCUCAGAA